AAAGUUUUUAUAUUAAAUCUCAACCGACAAAAUGUUUGAUCACUUUUGCACAGUUCAAACACUGCGAACGAUUUUUAGAAAGCUGCAAAACCAAACAGUGAACAUCGAAAGAACUUCUUGUUCGGACAGAAACUGGAACUUUGUUGCCGGUUCAUCGCCCAACUCAGUAACCAGAAACAUCACCUGCGACUGUACUUUCAACGCCAGCUCAGUCUGUCGUGUCACAAAAAUACAGCUUAGACGUUUCAAUUUGCGAGGAAUUUUCCCGCCUGAAUUCGGGAACCUCACGCGUCUUACAGAGAUAGAUCUUGGGUUGAACUUUCUCAGUGGGACAAUACCUACGACAUUGUCUCAAAUUCCGCUUGAAAUCUUGGCUGUAACCGGAAACCGUCUCUCUGGACCAUUUCCUCCUCAACUCGGAGAGAUUACUACACUUACUGAUGUGAAUUUGGAAACUAAUUUAUUCACAGGACAACUUCCUUCAAACCUAGGGAACUUACGAAGCUUGAAAAGAUUGUUAAUUUCUUCAAACAACAUCACGGGUCGGAUCCCUGAGUCCUUAAGCAAUCUCAAGAAUUUGACUGAUUUUCGGAUUGAUGGAAACUCUCUAUCUGGGAAGAUACCUGAUUUUAUCGGAAACUGGACUCGGCUCGGUAGACUUGACCUCCAAGGCACAUCAAUGGAAGGUCCAAUACCGGCUUCGAUAUCAAACUUGAAAAACCUGACUGAAUUGAGGAUAACAGAUUUGCGUGGACCAACCUCUUCUUUUCCAGACCUGCAAAAUAUGACGAAUAUGGAACGAUUGGUACUAAGAAAUUGUUUGAUAAGGGAACCUAUACCGGAAUACAUCGGUACUUCCAUGAGCAAUCUGAAGUUACUAGAUUUAAGCUCAAACAUGUUAAAUGGUACAAUUCCAGACACAUUUCGGAGUCUGACCGCAUUCAAUUUUAUGUAUCUUAAUAAUAACUCGUUGACUGGUCCAGUUCCUCAGUUCAUUCUAGAUAGUAAACAAAACAUCGAUUUAUCUUACAACAAUUUCACUCAGCCACCUACUUUAAGCUGUAAUCAGCUUGAUGUGAACUUGAUCUCCAGCUACCCAUCAGCAACCGAUAACUCUGUUCAAUGGUGCUUGAGAAAGGAUCUUCCGUGUCCUGGAGACGCACACCAUUCUUCCUUGUUCAUCAACUGUGGAGGAAACCGACUCAAGGUUGAUAAAGACGAGUAUGUGGAUGACUUAAACAAAAGAGGAGCAUCAACAUUCUCUUCUGUCUCUGAAAGAUGGGGAUACAGCAGUUCUGGAGCUUGGUUAGGCAAAGACAGUGCCCCCUACUUGGCAACAGACACAUUUAACUUGAUCAAUGAAUCAACUCCAGAGUAUUACAAAACGGCCCGUCUCGCUUCACAAUCACUCAAGUACUAUGGAUUAUGCAUGAGAAGAGGAAGUUACAAAGUGCAGCUCCAUUUUGCAGAGAUUAUGUUCUCGAACGACCAGACUUAUAGUAGCUUAGGGCGACGAGUAUUCGACAUUUAUGUUCAAGGGAUUUUGUUGGAGAGGGACUUUAACAUAGCAGAGAGAGCAGGUGGAGUUGGUAAACCGUUCCUAAGACAAAUUGAUGAUGUUCAAGUGAAUGGAAGUACGCUGGAGAUUCAUUUGAAGUGGUUAGGGAAAGGCACAAACGUAAUACCAACACGAGGUGUUUACGGGCCUCUCAUAUCCGCUAUAACAAUCACACCGAAUUUCAAGGUUGAUACCGGAAAACCAUUGUCCAAUAAAGCAGUUGCAGGCAUCGUAAUCGCAGCGUGUGCGGCUUUCGGGUUGCUGGUACUUGUAAUCCUCUGGCUUACAGGUUACUUAGGUGGAAAAGAAGUGGAUGAAAAUGAAGAGCUUCGGGGACUUGAUUUGCAGACAGGAUCAUUUACAUUGAAACAAAUCAAACGUGCGACUAACAAUUUUGAUCCAGAAAACAAGAUUGGCGAAGGAGGAUUUGGACCGGUUUAUAAGGGUGUUCUCGCUGAUGGAAUGACCAUCGCGGUGAAGCAGCUUUCAUCAAAAUCUAAGCAAGGAAACAGAGAAUUUGUGACUGAGAUCGGGAUGAUCUCUGCAUUGCAACACCCUAAUCUUGUGAAGCUUUAUGGUUGUUGCAUUGAAGGGAAAGAGCUUUUGCUCGUGUAUGAGUACUUAGAGAACAACAGUCUCGCUCGCGCACUCUUUGGCACAGAGAAACAGAGACUUCACUUGGAUUGGUCAACAAGGAACAAGAUAUGCUUAGGGAUUGCGAAAGGAUUGGCUUAUCUACACGAGGAAUCAAGGCUGAAGAUUGUUCAUAGAGACAUAAAAGCGACGAAUGUGCUUCUUGAUCAGUCUCUAAAUGCUAAGAUCUCUGAUUUUGGUCUAGCUAAACUCGACGAAGAAGAGAAUACACAUAUUAGCACAAGGAUUGCAGGAACAAUAGGUUACAUGGCUCCUGAGUAUGCAAUGAGAGGAAAAAUCAAAGUCCAACCACCACUGGUGAAACGUGAAGCUGAUCCAAGUGGUUCAGCUGCAAUGAGGUUUAAGGCCUUCGAGGUUUUGUCACAAGAUAGCGAGUCACAAGUUUCGACCUAUACAAGGAACAGAGAACACAAAAGCUCCUCAUCGAUGGACGGUCCAUGGGUUGAUUCUUCCUUCUCUGAGCCUAGCAAAGAUGUUAGCCUACAACAGCAAGAAGAAGAAGGAAAUUCAUCAUCUUCGUCGAGGAGACUGUUAGAUGAUCUUACCGAUGUGGAGAUUGAGUAAUGAAUAGUAUAUAUUCUUUUAUUCAAUCUACAAACACAACAGUAUUUACCAACAUAUCAAUCAAAUUUGCUUUUUUUU